CCUGUCGCCUAUAAGGAGCUGCCCGGCGCCUGGUUUGCUGAGUCUGAACGUGAGCUCGGAAGGUGAAUUUCAGUGGUAGAUUUGCACGGGUCCGCCGCUUGCCCGGAGCUGCUCCUUUCAGACGAUUGCUGUAGGAGUGUCUCUCUCGUUACAGCUUCGUCUGGGGCGUCUGGAUGGUGGAUGAAGUCAAUGAGCAAAGGGAAGGGGAGCAGCAGACCCAGAGGAGAGACCGGCUGGCGAUCUGAAAUUGGGGAUUAGGGAGCCUGCUCGCCCUGUGCGGACAAUGGAUUCUGCUCCCAAACUCUCCUGCCGUUUGACUCUGCUGCUCUUCAGUCUGUGGCAUCUGGGAUUAGCAGCAACAAACUAUAAUUGUGAUGAUGCACUAGUAUCCUCGUUGCCUCUGACCGCCUUUGACAGCUCCUCAGAGCUCUUCAGCGUUCACAGUCCCAGCUUUGCCAAGCUCAACAGACGGGAUGGAGAUGGUGGUUGGUCCCCAUCAGAAUCUAAUCCACAACAAUGGCUUCAGAUUGAUCUGGGAGACAGAGCUGAGAUUACAGCAGUCGCCACCCAAGGCAGGUACGGAAGCUCUGACUGGAUAACAAGCUACAUUCUAAUGUUCAGCGAUACAGGACACAACUGGAAGCAGUACAGACAAGAAGACAGCAUCUGGGUCUUCACAGGGAACACCAAUGCUGACAGUGUUGUACAUCACAAACUUCUGCACUCCGUGAAAACCCGCUUCCUGCGCUUCGUCCCUCUGAAAUGGAAUCCCGGUGGAAGAAUAGGCCUGAGAGUUGAGGUCUAUGGUUGCUCAUACAAAUCGGACAUAGCAGAUUUUGAUGGCAGAAGUUCGCUCCUGUACAGAUUCAAUCAGAAAAUGAUGAGCACCUUCAAAGACGUGGUUUCCCUGAAGUUCAAGAGCAUGCAGGGGGAUGGAGUCUUAUUCCACGGAGAAGGACAACGCGGAGACUACAUUACAUUGGAGCUGCAGAAAGGGAAACUCUCCUUGCACAUUAACCUGGGAGAUGCCAAGCUGCGUUUCAGUACCAGCCACACAUCAGUCACCCUGGGCAGCCUUCUGGAUGAUCAACACUGGCACUCAGUUCUCAUCGAACGCUUCAACAAGCAAGUGAACUUCACGGUGGACAAGCACACUCAGCAUUUCCGAACCAAGGGGGAUUCGGAUCACCUGGACAUUGAUUAUGAGCUCAGUUUCGGGGGGAUCCCAGUCCCAGGAAAGCCAGGAACCUUUCUGAAGAAAAAUUUCCUUGGAUGCAUCGAGAACCUUUAUUACAAUGGAGUCAAUAUAAUUGACCUGGCAAAAAGGCGUAAACCUCAGAUCUACACUGUGGGCAACGUGACUUUUUCCUGCUCAGAAUCACCAGUUGUUCCAAUCACCUUUGUCAGCGGCAGCAGCAGCUAUUUGCUUUUACCUGGCACCCCCCAGAUUGAUGGACUGUCAGUCAGCUUCCAGUUUCGAACGUGGAACAAAGACGGGCUGCUUCUGUCCACGGAGCUGUCUGAAGAUUCUGGAGUUCUCCUGCUUUACCUUCACACUGGCAGGUUGACACUUGUCAUACAGAAAGUGGCAGAAAACUCAAUGGAGAUCAGUGCAGGCAGCAAUCUCCAUGACGGGCUCUGGCAUUCAGUUAACAUAAAUGCCAGAAGACAUCGCAUCACCCUGACUCUGGAUAAUGAUGUAGCCGCAGCUGCUCACGCAACCACCCUCUCGCAGAUCUAUUCUGGGAACAGUUACUAUUUUGGAGGGUGCCCUGACAAUUUCACCGAUUCCCAAUGUUUAAAUCCCAUUACUGCUUUUCAAGGCUGCAUGAGGCUCAUCUUCAUUGAUAACCAGCCCAAGGACCUCAUUUUAGUUCAGCAGGGUUCCCUGGGGAAUUUUAGUGAUUUACACAUUGAUCUGUGUGACAUCAAAGACAGAUGUUUGCCCAACUACUGUGAACAUGGAGGAAAAUGCUCCCAGUCCUGGACCACCUUUUACUGUGAUUGUAGAGAAAUGGGUUACAUGGGAGCAACCUGCCAUAACUCCAUCUAUGAGCAGUCAUGUGAAGCCUAUCGUCACAAAGGGAAGACGUCUGGUUUCUUCCAUAUUGAUUCUGAUGGAAGUGGACCGCUUGGACCGUUCCAGGUUUACUGCAAUAUCACGGAAGAUAAGAUCUGGACUGCGGUACAGCACAACAACACAGAGCUAACCAGAGUCCAAGGGGCUGAUCCUGAGAAACCAUAUGCCAUGUACUUUAACUACAGUAGCAGCCUGGACCAGAUUGAGGCCAUGAUAAACAGCGCAGAGUACUGUGAACAGGAGGUGGCUUACCACUGCAAAAAGUCACGUCUGCUGAACACCCCGAAUGGAAUGCCAUAUGUUUGGUGGGUUGGCCGUGCCAAUGAAAAGCAUCCUUACUGGGGAGGAUCUCUUCCUGGAGUUCAGCAAUGUGGCUGUGGACUGGAAGAAAGUUGUCUAGAUAUGAGAUAUUUCUGCAACUGUGAUGCCGAUAAAGAAGAAUGGACACAUGAUACUGGCCUUCUUUCCUUCAAAGACCAUUUGCCUGUAACUCAACUCGUGAUCACUGACACAAACAGGUCAAACUCAGAGGCUGCUUGGAGAAUCGGCCCCUUGCGUUGCCAUGGAGACAGACAGUUCUGGAAUGCAGCUUCCUUCAACACAGAGGCCUCCUAUCUACACUUCCCCACCUUCCAUGCAGAGUUCAGUGCAGACAUUUCUUUUUUCUUCAAAACCAUGGCUGUGUCUGGGGUCUUCCUGGAAAACCUUGGGAUUAAGGACUUCAUCCGCAUUGAAAUAAGCUCCCCUGAGGAGAUCACCUUCUCCAUAGAUGUUGGAAACGGCCCUAUAGAAGCUACGGUGCAGUCUCCCACGCCUCUGAAUGACAACCAGUGGCACUUCGUCCGAGCCGAGAGGAACCUCAAGCAAACAUCUCUUCAAGUGGAUAACUUUCCUAAAAAAAUUCUGGAGGCACCUGCCGAGGGGCAUUUUCGUUUGCAGCUUAACAGUCAAUUCUUUGUAGGGGGAACAGCUUCAAGACAGAAAGGUUUCCUGGGAUGCAUCCGCUCUUUGCAUUUAAAUGGUCAGAAACUGGACCUGGAAGAGAGGGCUAAAAUGACCCCUGGAGUCAAGCCUGGCUGCCCGGGACACUGUAGCAGUUAUGGUAAUCUCUGUCACAAUGGAGGCAAAUGCGUGGAGAAAUACAACGGUUAUUUCUGUGACUGCACCAGCUCUCCCUACGAAGGGCCCUUCUGCAAGGAAGAGGUUUCUGCAGUGUUUGAAGCUGGCACCUCAGUUACCUAUAUUUUCCAAGAGCCUUAUCCAGUGACAAAAAAUGCAAGCACUUCAUCCUCUGGCAUUUAUGCAGACGCCAUUAUGCCCAAGGAAAACAUUGCAUUUAGCUUCCUGACAAGACGUGCUCCGAGCCUCCUGCUCUACAUCGACACCUACUUUCAUGACUAUUUGGCUGUGAUUCUCUCCAAAAAUGGAAGCUUACAAGUCCGAUACAAGUUGAAUAAGGAUGGCUUCUUCAUUUUCACCAUUGAUUCUGGAAACCUUGCCAACCGGGAAUUACACCAUGUGAAGAUCAACAGAGAAGGAAGAGAACUCCUCAUUCAGGUUGAUCAAGUUCUCAAACUCAAGCACAACCUCUCGGAGAUUGACUUCAAGGCCAUCAAAUCGCUCACCUUGGGCAAAGUCGGAGAUAGUCUGGGGCUAGAUUCUGAGGUCUUGAAGGCGAACUCACAUGGCUUUACUGGAUGUCUGUCCUCUGUCCAGUACAAUCACAUAGCUCCACUGAAGGCCGCCUUACGACAUCCCAGCAUAGCCCCCGUGACUGUCAAAGGCUCCUUGACUGAAUCGAAUUGUGGAUACAUAGCAGAGACUGAUGUGAACACCAUCACCACAGUGUAUUCCUCAUCAGAUCCCUCUGGGAAGUCAGAUGAGCGGGAGCCCCUCACCAAUGCAAUCAGAAGUGAUUCAGCUGUCAUUGGAGGUGUAAUAGCAGUUGUAAUAUUCAUCAUCUUUUGCGUCGUGGCCAUCAUGAGCAGAUUCCUGUACCAGCACAAACAGGCACAUCGAAGUAGCCAGGCAAAGGAGAAAGAAUACGCAGAAAAUCUCGACAGUUCCUUUAAAACUGACAUUGACUUGCAGAACACAGUGUGUGAGUGCAAACGGGAAUAUUUCAUCUGAUGGAUUGUGUGGUUCCUUCUUACUCUCCUCCCCACACCUGGCCUUUUUUCUUUUCUUACCCAUUAAUUUAUUUGUGAGCUUUUAACCUUUUGGAAGGAGACUGCCCUGCACAGAAGAGACUGGCAGACACUUCAAUGCCUCAUUCCCUUCACAAAAACUACCACAGUUACAUUGACAUCUCAAGAGACCUUCUAUUAUACUCUGGACAGAAUACGUUCACGGACUUGCAUGGUUGCCUAUUAAGUUUCUGGAUUUCUCAAGUCUUAUGUUGUUUUCUGGAACCAUUUAACUCACCACUUUGUGUUCGAUCUGAACUAUAUAAACUAGAGGUAAAGUACUGUAGCUAAAUAAAUAGCAUCACGGCUUUUGGGGUAGGGUAGCAGGAAAGAAUGAUACCAAAAUGCCUGAUUUAUUGUAAGAUGCAUUUACACCAAUCAUAAAGUAGCAGCUAGGUCCUCAGUUGAUGUAAUUUGCCAUCAAACUGUUGACUUCAAUGGAAUUACUCCAGUUUUCACCAGCUGGGAAUCUGGCAAGAAGUUACAAUUAUUAUUUUCUUUCUCUCCUUAAGCUCAUUCCCCCAUCCUGCUAUCUUUUUACUGUAACUUUUAGGCUUAAAAAUGCUUUUAAAAAAUACAGGAAUACUGAUACCAGCAUUGGACAAAAUUCAUUCCAGUGCACCUUGUAUACCUCCGUCUCAUAAGUCUGACUAUUUAGAACCAACGUACUCUAGCAUAAUUCUAGAUGAAGCAUGGAAGAUAGUACUUAAAGGGUCUUAGGAGGCUUCUAGGACUUAGAUGCUCUAUAAAUUUCUCUGAUGACUUGUCUGAAACAUUAGAAGUGCAGCAUACACACGCUAACAUCAUAUAGAGAAUGAUUAUGUGCUGAGGUCAAACACUUAAGCGACUGUGGUGAAUUAAAAACAAACAAAGGAAGAAGACAAACCAACCCCACCCAAAACAUGAGAUCUAAAUUCUGCUGAUUCAUAUAAAAAAGCCAAAAAUUGUUAUUAAAUUGCUUCUAAAAAACUGCAUGAAUGAAGCAAUGGUGCUUCCUGUUUGUAGAAACCAGGAUGUUUCCCCUAAGAAUAAGGAAAAGGUGGCUUUUAAAAAUUGUAGCCAGACAAAGUGGUCGAGGUUCAUAUCUUUUGUGGACGGGCUUCUGUUGGUGAAAGAGACAAGCUUUUGAGCGUAUACAGAGCUUUUCUUCAUUUAAGCUUGAAAGCUUGUCUCU